AUGCGCCCCGACGAGCCACAACGAGCCGGUCGCGUGUCGACCUCCUACUCGAGCACUUCGAGCGGGCUCACGGCGGGAACGGCGGCGAGGUCGAGCGGGACAGCGACGGCGAGUGCGGGAGCUUCGACGUCGAGGGUGACGCUCGACGACGUCCCAGAUGUGCGUGGGCUCUUUUCCGCCGUGCUCGAGCCCGUCACUGACCUCGAGUCCUCCUCGCGCAGGCUGGACCGCCGCGCUUGCCCAUGCCCAAGAGCCUCACGCACACACCGCACGCGACGAGGCAGAAGAUGGUCACCGCCCUGUACAACCAGUGCGCCCCCAUUCCGCUCGCUCAGCAUUCUCAAGCCCCCCUCUCCUGACCUGGUCCCGCACCCCUUGCGCAGGUUCCUCGACAUCUACACCCCGGGCAUCCUCCCGAGCUCGCUCCGCCAUCACCUCGCCUCGAAGCACGCCCUCGCGCAGGAGGAGCACCUCUUCUCGCGCUCGACCAAGGCGACGUACCGCAACUCGGUCAUCUCGGCGCUCGCGCGACUCAAGAAGCGGGCGCCGGCGCGCACGGUCGACGAGACGGGCACGCUCGAGGACGAGGUGGCGCGGCUGUCGAAGGCGGCCGAGGAGGAGAAGGGCCGCUUGACGAGGAAGCGGGUCGCCAAGUUUGUGCACCCGGUCGAGACGCUGCGACGGUUCGACUACCCGGUCGAGCUGCCGCCAGGGCCAGGAGGCGACCACCUGAGCGAGGAGGGCAACGUGCGCAAGUGCGACCGGUGCACGGCAGAGUUCACCGACGUCGCAGCGCUGCACUCGCGCGUCCCUUUCGUCGCCACCUCCUCCCUCCGUUCCUCCCUCGACACCUCUUCGUCCGACCUGCCACCAGCAGUCGACAUCGUCGCCCUCGACUGCGAGAUGAUCUACACGACGGCGGGCAUGUCGCUCGCACGCGUCACCGUCGUGUCGGCCACGGGCUCGACCCUCCUCGACGAGCACGUCCGCCCGCCACACGGCGUCGCCGUCCUCGACCUCAACACGCGCUUCAGCGGCGUCGUCGCCGCCGACCUGGGCAAGGCCGUGCUCGACGUGCCCGGCGUCAGGAGGGCGCUCGCCCAGUUUGUCGACCGCGAGACGGUCUUUGUCGGGCACGGCGUCGAGAACGACCUCAAGGCGCUGCGGCUCGUGCACGACAAGGUCAUCGACACUGCCAUCCUCUUCCCGCACCCCAGCGGCGGCACCUGGCGGCACUCGCUGCGCAACCUCGCCAAGGACGUCCUCCGCAAGUUUGUCCAGACGGGCGAGGGCCCAACGGUCGGGCACAGCGCCAAGGAGGACGCCGUCACGGCGCUCGAGCUCGUCAGGUGGAAGGUCAAGCAGGAUGCAGCGGGACGAGGGUGAGCCGCAAUGCACGCCUGGGCGACUUUGACGUCG